GGGACAUGAUUUUGUACAUGAUAAAAUGCUCACUGUGACGGUGAAAAUCCCUUGCUCUUUCUAGCUUUCUCUUUCGCUUUUCCGAUGGUGAGAGCGCCGCUGGAGCUAGACUGGAGCGAGAUCAUGCGGCGCCGGGAGGAUGGUCCGACGCCGGAGGUUGAGGUGGUUCCCGGCGAUGGUGGAGCUGAAGGUGGAGGGGAGGCAGCGGCGAUGGCGGAGCUCUCUGAUCAUCAGCUCUCUGAUAAAAUCCAGCGGAUUUCCAAGAUGCUUUCGGCUCGGUUCCAUUACCGAUUGCCUGAUCGAGGGGCGAAGCUCCUGUCGAAUUUCAAGCAGAUGCAGGCUGAACUGGAUCGUCGGAAGCUUGUUAAUCAUCAGAAGAAGGAGAAUGAAAAUUCUGAGGCCUCCUCACUUACCAAGACAGGAGAACCUUCGAAUUCUGUAAGAGUUUCAAGCUCCAGUGAUACAACUUCAUCUCAUUUGCAGUCUUCAUUUGCCUCUAGUUUUUUGAAUAAGUUAGAAGACAAGACAGAUAUUUCAUGUGACAAAGACUUGAAAUCUAAAAGACAAGAUGAAAGCAAAAGUUCAAGGGCAAGCGGUGCUCAUUUGCAUCAGGAUGUGAAGCCAGCUAAAAAGGUUUCUGGGACAGCCAAACCUACCUCUGGGCAGAAAUCUACAGAUAGCUCAGCUGGUGAAGAUAAAGUGACAUCUUGCAUUGUUGGUCCCAAAGGCAUUAAUAAUUCCAAUAUUUCCUAUCAUGGAGGAGGAAACAUUACUAGUGGUUUUUUUAAGAGGAGGCGAGCUUCUGAAAUUGGGGUGUCAUCAGAUUUGAAGCUAAAGAAGGCUCACCACUUAGUUCUUUUGGAUGAUGAAGAUGUGCAACCUACGGAGCUUGCACAAGGGGAUAGCCCUGAUGAAAGGAUGGAGUCGAAGAUAUAUUAUCCAUCAAGGAAUGAUCCAGAAGCUGUUGAACUUUCAUAUUCUGCUAUCAAAUGCCUAGAGCCUGAAUCAUAUUUAUCGUCUCCUAUAAUGAACUUUUACAUACAGUAUUUGCAAGGACCAUCAUCACCAGUUGCUACGCUAAGAAGCGAGUAUCAUUUUUUCAAUACCUAUUUCUACAGCAAAUUGGAGGAAGCUUUAUCAUUCAAGGGUGAUAGAUCUGCAUCCUUCUUAAGAUUAAGACGAUGGUGGAAGGGUGUAAAUAUAUUUCAAAAGGCAUAUAUCUUUUUGCCAAUCCAUGGAGACAUGCAUUGGAGCUUGGUGAUAAUUUGCAUCCCACCAAAGGAUGAGGAAACAGGCCCAACAAUUCUUCAUCUCGACUCUUUGGGGCUUCACUCUAGUAACUCAGUGUUUGAUAUUGUUGAUAGCUAUCUGAAGGAAGAAUGGAAGUAUAUAAAUGAGAAUGCUGCGCCUCCUUCAGAUCUCCCUAUUUCAGAGAGGAUAUGGAAAAACCUGCCACGCCGGAUCGAGAAGAGAAAAAUUACGCAGGUCCCCCAGCAGAAAAAUGAGUAUGAUUGUGGCCUCUUUGUGCUAUAUUUCAUGGAGCGGUUUAUUGCAGAUGCUCCUGAAAGACUCAGAAGGAAAGAUCACAACAUGUUUGGACGCAAAUGGUUUAAGCCCGAGGAUGCUUCUAGUUUGAGGAAGCGAAUCCAUUGCUUGCUUGCCGAGGAGUUUGAGAAAGCUAGGUUGGACAGUCAUAGAAGUGAUUCGCCAGUGCCAGCUAGCAGUUCCGUAAGAGAAGAUGAAGAGUGAUUUAAGGCAAUAUAAGUAACAUUACACCAAUAGACAUAUUGAUUGCAAAAGAAGAGUGUUGUUGUUUAGGAUCUGACCUCCAAGUUUGGAGAAUCAAUUAACAUAGCCACCACCACCACCACCACCAGCAGUAGAUCUCAGCACAUGUAGGUAAAUUCACUAAAUUGACCAAUGUUUCAGAGUAGCCACAUAAUUUAAGAAUUCUGGUUGGGUAUUUUUUUUUUCUUUUUUCUUUUUUCUUUUUUCUUUUUUCACUUUUCUUUUUUUGGUGGCUCCAGCUUGACCUGCAUUGGCUGGAGGAAAAUUUUUUGUUAGAAUGUAAUGUACAGGAACUGUAUUUUAUAGUGUUGAUAUAUCAAUGGUUACGGUGAUCCGAUCUUGAUUCCAAGGCA